GACUAUGUGCUCCACUUCCGGUGCUAUGUGGCUAUGGGCAACGUGAAGGAUGCUGAGAAGCUCUUCCAUCAGCUGGACCUGAAGGCCACCACUUUGAUGCUGAACCUUCUACUCCUGACCUGCGUGAACUGCGAACUACCAGAGAGGGGCUUCCAGAUUCUGCUGUCCGCCCACGAGCGGGAGAAGCGGAUGAAGGAGCCCUUGGUGGACACAGUUUCCUACAACACCAUCAUCAAGGGCUUCGGUGCAGCCAAAUCCCGAAGUGGCUGCUUCGAGUGCAUGCGCAGCCUCCUCGA